GGCGUUGCGGCUGGAGCCAGACCGCAGCGAAUUCGAAGAAGGAACGCCCGCGGGCAGCGCCCCCCCGACGCGAGGUAGUCCCUUCCGAGGAACCGCAUCCCGCCCCGCACCUCCGCGUCCCAGCAGGACUCCAGGCCUCCCCGCCCGCCCCUCCAGAGGCUCUCUGCCAAGAUGGCAUCAGCCGGAGACCCCCCGACAGGCCCGCGGGAUGCAGCCGACCAGAACUUUGACUACAUGUUUAAGCUGCUGCUUAUCGGCAACAGCAGUGUGGGCAAGACGUCCUUCCUGUUCCGCUACGCGGACGACUCCUUCACACCUGCCUUUGUCAGCACCGUGGGCAUCGACUUCAAGGUCAAGACGGUCUAUCGCCAUGACAAGAGGAUCAAGCUGCAGAUCUGGGACACGGCGGGCCAGGAGCGCUACCGCACCAUCACCACAGCCUACUACCGCGGAGCCAUGGGCUUCCUGCUCAUGUAUGACGUGGCCAACCAGGAGUCCUUCGCCGCCGUGCAGGACUGGGCCACGCAGAUCAAGACCUACUCCUGGGACAACGCUCAGGUGAUCCUGGUGGGGAACAAGUGUGACCUGGAAGAUGAGCGGGUCGUGCCUACUGAGGAUGGCCGGAGGCUCGCCGAUGACCUCGGUUUUGAGUUCUUCGAGGCCAGCGCCAAGGAGAACAUCAACGUGAAGCAGGUCUUUGAGCGCCUGGUGGACGUCAUCUGUGAGAAGAUGAAUGAGUCCCUAGACCCCAGCUCCAGCCCGGGGAGCAAUGGGAAAGGCCCGGCCUUGGGGGACACCACGCCCCCUGAGCCCAGCAGCUGCAGCUGCUAGAGAUGGUCCCCAAUCCCUGCCUACCCCUUCCGGCCUUGGCAGGGACUAUGACUGAGGCAUGAGCCACAAGGGCUGUUUCCAAGCUCAGGGUGCCCCCUUCCCUCCCGCCGGCUGCCCUGGCUCUUGCAUGACCUCCGACUUGCCUGAACAGCCUUAACACAAGCUCCAGGCCCUGGGGAUUCUGCAUGGUGGGCAGAGUCUGGGGGCACUGACAUGCACGAGUUUGCUGCCUUUCAGGAAUCCUAACGGAGGGGCAGUGUGUCCCACCCCUUCUGGUGGGAGGGCCUCCACAGUGCCUUCUGGGGUUAGAGCUCUCAUCCUUGUCCAUUCUGUGUGGGGCAUUGCCUGGUGUUCACCAGAUGGUCGAAGAUGCUUCAUCGUCUUCCUCCUGUAGGGUGGGUCCUCAGAGUUCAUCCCUGGGGACGUGGAAGGCGAUACCUUUCUCGGAGGCCCCUGGUGUGGUCCCAGGCCUGCCUGUGAAACUCCUCAGCCCUCAAGCUUCCAAGGCAGGGAGGUGAUUUUAGCCCUCGCAGACCCUUCCCUGCUGGCCUGCAGACCCUCUGCCUGUGCAAGCCGAAUUAGAGCAGCUUUCCCAUUGUAAAGGGACAGGAAGUCAGAGCCCCCUCACCCCAGCUUCAGGGACCCCAGAAGUGCCUUCUGAGCUUCCCCAGGAUUUCACAUCACCUGCACUCCCGCCACUGUUUUGGCUUAUCUACUGCAGCAUCUCCUAUCCCUGGAAUGAAUUCUGGAAUUCUGGGCCCCAUCAGGCUGGGCAGAGGAUGGCCCAACCCGUGGAGUUCCCACUCGGAACUUUUUGCCGGAAGUUAACCUCAGAGUCAGGAGCCUGGGCCCUCCCACCCAUACCUGCCUCUCCCGGGCCCCAUUUGGCUGGUGAUGUUUUAAGCAAGGUCUUUCCACAUCUUACAUCCUGCUAGAGAAGGAAAUUGAGCAAUGUUCCCAUCUCCGGCCCUUGCCGGCGACCUGCCAAUGGAAGGACUUGGGCUCCUCCCUGUCAAGGACCCUUGAAGACCCAGAGCCCUGUUUCCUGAGCCACAUCAUCAGUGGGGACCAGAGAGGUGAUGUUUCCUACUAAUGGAGGAAUGGAGGAUGUUUCCUCCUAAGGGAAGCUGUAGGGUUGGGCUGAAGGGGCGAGAAGGCAAGAUUGGGUAAUUCCUGUUGCUACACACUCUUCACAGAUGCACUUGGGAGUGGCGGGCUGAUGGCAAUGGGCUGGGAAUCAAUGUCCCUGGUUGACACAUGAUCGGGGGUCCCCAGCUGGCAGGGGCUCCUGCUGGGAGCUUAUGUGCAGUCUGGGGAUCUCCAUCUUGAUCUCCACCCCACCCCCACCCCAGCUCAGUGGCCUUCCUGCCCACCCAAGUCCAAACUCCAGUGGCCUGGCUCCUGUUUAUGGCCCGGAACACCAGCUAACAUCCCAGAAUUUGACAGACCCAGGGAGGAUGGUCUAAACAGAUGGUUUGAGUUCCACCCCCGGGCCCUGCCACCAAAACCACUUGCUAUACAGCCUUAAAAAUCUCAGCCUCCUCCUCCUGCAAGUGAGGAAGAUCUGGUUCAAGUGGAACUUGGCUCUUUCUAGAAGCUCUGCUUUGAAUUUAUUUCUAGAGGGCCCCAUUCGUCCCUUACCAAGGACUGCCCUUACAUCUUCAAAGUGAGGGCAUUUCUGUAAGUCAACAAUCCAGAUGAUGGGUGAAAUGGUCAAGUUCCUGGAAACACAUAUAGUGAGUUUGGGGGAUGUUUGGGGGCAGGAGUCAAAAAUGUUGGUUACUUUAACAUAAAAGAGAAAUUAAAGCAGCUAUUAAAAAAAAAAAAAAAAAAAGCCUGUUAAGAUGCACCGUGGGCUGUCAAGAUUCUGUGAGCUAGUCCAUUUUCCUUAAGCUGCUUGCCAGAAAAAAAAAUGGUGGAUCAAAGUGCCCUUAACUAAGGGACAAGCCAACUUGUCAUAGCCCGCAUGAUAAGGGAAAAAAAAAAAAAAAAGCUCUGUUUGUGCCUUGCUCUUGACUUGAAGUAAGCCUCGUGUUUACACAUGAUUUUUGGACAGUUGAGCUUUAAGUAGUAACUGAGACAGCUAGCUGCCCCUCGGUCGUCUCAAAAUUGGGAAUAAUGUAGGAAAGGGGUUUUUUUGUUUGUUUCUUCUAAAAAUAUAAGUUUUUAUUUUAUAAUUUUGGGUGGAACAAAAACCACUGUCCUGGGAGAUCCCGCGGGCACAGGGGUGGCAGCAGGGGCUGGUCGGAGGGAAGGAGAUUUGUUGAGUUUACAAACAAAAAUGAAGCCAGAGGCUGUGGGAAAACCACAUUUUAACUCCAAGGGGACUGGGAUCUGGAGAGGGAGCGUGAGACUGGGUCCUACAUUCUCAGCAUUUGCUUUAAGCAGCUCAUUUUUCCACGGCCAUGACCACAGUUGGGGGUUUGUGGUUCUGCUUUUUCAUUUUCUUUCUUUCUUUGGCCUUCCCAGAGAUCAUGCUCUUGGGUCUUUCUCUCCUAUCCAUUCCGAAAGGCAAGUAAGGGGCGAAAUUUAGACUCGGUGUUGAAGGGCUAAUUCCAUGAACUGGCUUCUCCCCUAUGAUCCCCAAACACUACAGAGUGAGCUCCCAACUUGGGUCAUUUCUGUACCAGACAUGGUUCUUCUGUGGAAGCAAUUCUUUGAUGUCCACUCGGAAAGACAAGCACGUUUAUCCACAAGAGGAAAUAAAGCCGUCUGUCCCUGUGCAA